AUGAGUCAGAAUCCGCCGAAAGUCCCUUCUUCCGACCAGAAGGUCUCUCCUCCUCUCAAUCCCAAACCUCGCUCUGCUAUCCCGCCCUAUUUAUUAAACGGAAGUUCUCCGCUGCACAAUCCCGCGACGAGGACGCGGGCGCAAGAACGGGAAAACCUUGCCUCCUCCAUCCAGAGCAGUUAUGAGCCGAGAAAAGCAAUAGAUCUCGGAGGGGACAGUCAGAUCUCCGCAAAUACAUACCAGAAUACAUCUUGGGAAGGUUUGACAGAUGAUCUAUCCAACCUGGAGUUGAAACGACCCGUGCGUCUGCGAGAGCCCGCACGAGACGUUCGCGACGAAGCUCCUAUGACUCCUCCAGCCAGCAUCUCCCGUCCUGCAAGUCCCUAUACCCUGAACCCUCCCAUCGACUUUGACGGACUGAGUUGGCCGUGUAUCGGCACACGCGAGCGACGUGAACAGACACCAGAAGAGGCGCAGGCACGGUUGGACAAGCUCUCCGGGGCCGUAAAGACCAUUUUCGAAUGCAUCGGCGAAGAUCCCGACCGAGAAGGUUUGCGUGGGACCCCGGAGCGUUAUGCCAAAGCCCUGAUGUACUUUACGAAAGGCUACGAGGAGAACGUUCGGGACCUGGUCAACGGCGCAGUCUUUCAUGAAGACCACGACGAGUUGGUCAUUGUCAAAGACAUCGAAGUUUUCAGCCUCUGUGAACAUCAUAUGGUCCCGUUCAUUGGAAAAAUGCAUAUCGGCUACAUUCCUAAUCGCAGAGUGCUCGGCCUCAGUAAACUUGCCAGACUUGCGGAGAUGUUUUCUCGAAGACUCCAAGUCCAAGAGAGAUUGACCAAGCAGGUGGCACUGGCGAUUGCGGAGGUGCUCAAGCCCCAAGGCGUCGCGGUUGUCAUGGAGAGCAGUCACCUCUGCAUGGUCAUGAGAGGAGUUCAAAAGACCGCGAGCAGCACAACCACAAGCUGCAUGCUCGGGGCCAUGAGGAGCAGUGCCAAAACAAGGGAGGAGUUUCUGAGUCUAUUGAAUCGGAAGUGA